CUGGUAUUCGUCGCUUUUUAUUCUGACUUGCGUGAUUUCCACAAAAAAUCUCUCUAUCACGGCGCACGCUUGGCCAGGGUUCGCUCCCUCGGAGACAACCGCACGUAGCGCCACGGCGCCACCGGCUGACAGCACUUUUUUUUUUUACACCCCAAACAAACAUGGUGGACGUUUGGGAUGUCCGUACUCAACUGCUGAAUUACUUUCACUCGCAUCCCGGGGAAAAUGUACGUACGGUGGACCUAUGUCGUGUUAUUAAGCAACCUAAGAAGACAAUCAACAGCGUACUGUACAGAUUGCAAAGAGAUGGCGUCCUUCAAAAGGUGGUUGAGAGCCCACCAACAUGGAGAGAAACCAGCAGUCGCAUUGAACAGCAAUAUUCAAUCGGGUAUCCUGCGGAGGCAGCAGCGGGUGACGGUUGGCAUAAGUUGAAAGGGCAUCCCGACGAAAACUCUACCGGCAAGGCUCCUGCUAUCACUGAUGGCCGAACGCCUCCAAACUUUGCUGGAGGACAAGAUGCAUCAGAUGCAGGAAGCCAGGAGGCAGAGCUCCCCUCAAUGUCGGGGGGGCGCAGAGCCGAGGACUCGCCGCCUCUCAACCUACCUCCCAACCUGGUGGUGGCCGCCCGCACGGGCAACGGCAGGUUCUCGGUGGCGCCGCCCUCCCAGGCACCUCCACCCAUGGCACCACCUCCCAACAAUCACUCAUCGUUGCCGCCCACAAACCAAGUACAGAAUUGGUCUGAGGUGCAGGUGGCAUUGCCCUCCCAGGCUCCCUCCACCGGUGGAGGCCAGGUGGUGGUAGCCAAUUCGACCCCCACGUCGUCUAACAACAUUCUGCAGACGGACCUGACAGCACUGGUCAUCUCUCACCUACGUACCAUUGGCACGCCUGUCUAUACCAAGGACAUGGUCAAAGCACUGGGGCUCAAGCACAAGCGAGAAGUCAAUCCCAUUCUCUAUCGACUACAGGAUCGAGGGGUCCUCACAAAGGUGUGGGACACCCCACCCGCUUGGACCUUAGUGCCAGGUAGCUAUGGAGACCUGGAGAGAAAUAACCUGUUUGCCAAGCAGCCGCCGCAGAGAGAACUGCCUGCUCCGCCGGACUUCAAUGCCGAGGACGGUGACACCAGCUCCAUGUCCAACGGGGUGGUCGGGGGGAUCCGCAGAGAACCAAAGGGGAACGUGGGGGCCAAGGUUGGUCCCGGGGGACUCCGUCAGAACCAGCUUCCUCCUCAUGAGCUGCUGCGUCUGAGCAAUACUUUUGCACAGAUGAUGAUGCAAGCUCCUCCUCAACAUCAUUCCAAUGGGGGCUCGCCACUCCAGGCUCAGCCACAGAACAUGAAGAUCACUCAGCAGGUGCAGGUAGUGUCAUCCUCAUUGGAGGUAGCGUACCAGCAACAGCAGGAAAUGAGUCAGCAGCAGGGGCAACAGCAGCAACCAACCAAUCAGGGGCCAGUGAAAGAAGAAGCUCCCCCAGCGCAGGCCACUCCCACCCCGAGUCCCCAGGGCAUUUCCAAAUUCCCGAGCUACGCGUCGCUCACCAAGAAUCCCGUGAGCGCAUUCCACGAGUUUGGGCAGAUGCAACACGUCGAGGCCAAGAUCGACAUUGUGGCGACGGAUGGUCCACCGCACAACCCGAGGUUCAAAGCAGUUGCAUUCCUGGACAAGAAACCUGUGGCGGAGGCCUGGGACAAAACAAAAAAGGAGGCAAAACAUCAGGCGGCCGAGCUCGCUUUCCGAAAGUUGGUGGCGAGCGGUGCCCUUGCCUCCGAUGUGCCGUCCCCGGAGACCGACAUCUUGAGCAGUCAGGAUGAGAGCAUCCCGAUGUUUGACAUUAUUGCUGCCCUGAGUCACCGCGAGUUCAGCCAGAAGGUCCUCGAGGUCCCGGAGUACGUGGGCGGCCGCAAAGUGUUGGCUGCACUAGUCAUGAAGAAUGGGGUGGCAGAUCGUGGAUCUGUCGUCUGCUUCGGGACUGGGAGUCGCUGCAUCACUGGAGAGCAGCUGAGCCAGGACGGAACCGUGGUUAAUGAUUCACAUGCAGAAGUAAUAACAAGGAGGAGCUUCCUCAGGUUUCUAUAUCAGCAACUGAAGACCUACGAACCAAACUCUGAGCACAGCAUCAUGGAACCCGCACAGGACGGACGCAUCCGGAUAAAGCCGGACGUAACGUUUCACCUGUACAUCUCGACAGCGCCCUGUGGAGAUGGGGCACUUUUCGCACACACGACAAAACCAGAUGACAAGAAUAAGGCGCAGGACCAGAAUGGAGAGCAGCAUCACCCACUCUUUACAAAGAGCUGCCAGGGUCUGCUUCGAACUAAGCUCGAAGCCGGGGAAGGCACGGUUCCCGUGGACCUGACUACAGACUACCAGACCUGGGAUGCGAUCCUGCAAGGGGAACGCCUGCGCACAAUGUCGUGCAGCGAUAAAAUAGCUCGCUGGAACGUUCUGGGUCUACAAGGGGCCCUGCUCAGCCACUUCUUGCAACCCGUUUACCUGAGCUCCAUCACCCUCGGUAAUCUGUAUCACCACGGGCACCUUUCACGGGCGGUGUGCUGUCGGCUGGAGGGUGAUCCAUCUCUGGACUCUCAGCUGCCCGUCGGAUACAACCUCCAUCAUCCGACACUAGGCUGCGUGAGCGGUCACAACCCGCCCCGCGACACCGAGAAGACAAAGCCCUAUUCCAUCAAUUGGUGUAUAGGAGACGAGCGGCCAGAAGUAACCAACAGUGGCACCGGCAUGCGUCAAGAUCGGAGUGGAACCAACCUAGAAUCCCGUGUAUCCAAGGCUUCACUCUUCAACCUCUUCAAGGACACCUGCGAACAGCUGAAGAGAGAGGACCUGCUCGACAAGACGUAUGGGGAAACCAAGGACUCUGCCCUGGGCUACCAGGGCGCCAAGAAGGUCCUCUUUGAACGCUUCCUCAAGCUGGACCGAGGUCGAUGGGUAAGGAAGCCACCGGAAGAAGAGAUGUUCCACUAGAGAAAGCCACAUGCAAACAAGUGAAUGGGGGAGGGGCUGCUACUCAGAUUGGGGCUUCACCACAAAACACAUUAUUCUCUGUGCACUGCCGUCAAAAAAGAAAUCGCCAACACAGAUCGAGUAUAUCGCGCGGGGGUUUCACCGUACGACGGAAGCCAUUUAUCUCCAGAAGGUUUUGCUCACUUCGCAUAUUGGUACGUGAUAUUGAUACGGUCCUGAAACAGAAAAAAUUGACACUGCAUCGUUGAUUUCAAAAACUGACGGAUUUGAAAAACCUAUAACGGUCACUUUGGAGAUGACCUGCGCCAAACGUUCUGGGAAUAGAUGGCUUUGGACGAGAGCAAGGCCACGAUCCUUCCGUGGAGAGGUUAGCGCCUUGCUGCUGGUUGGGACGUUUUGUUUGACCCACGCGCUACUUGCGGCAGUGGACAAAGUCCACCGUAGUACAAACUAUCAUCGACGGCAGUACAGUCUCGCAACAUUGUAUGUAUAUGUACAUGUAUAUAACGUCGCAGACGUGUAUAUACGUAUAUAUAUAUAUGCGCAUGUUUGUCUAUAGUCAAACUCAAAGCAGCAUUAGAGAAAGCCGGGCCUCCUGCUGGGUUGGGCGAAACAGAAAGCAUUUUAAAGCGUUGUUGGAGAAUCCGUCAUUUUCUUCUUUCUCUCUAUCCACGAUGCAUCCUCCAGAUGCACUUUCAGCUACAUCGGGAGAAUCUUUUCGCAUCUCCCAAAGCUCCGCUUCUGGAGCACGAAACUGGAAAAGGAAAAUUGGACAUACAAACUUGACAAUGCCUGUUACGAGUGAUUCUGCCUCACACAAGUCAGGUGUUGCUCAGGAAGGAAAAAAAAAAAAGUUAGUCGAAGCGAUCUCGAAACCCAACUUGAACGUGGGUUGCUGGCACGAAAAAGUAAAUUGGAUGUACAAACUUUUCGGACUGUCGGCGGUGGAGACGCUUUUUCUCUUCUAUCUUCUCUUCCAUCUGUAGCCUCGUGAGAUUAGGCCGUCAGUGCAACAACUUUCUCUUCAUCCGCGACGGAAAAACUGGACGGGUGUCUCUGUAAACGGGGCGCUUCUGUUUUGUCGCAUCUAUCUCGGCGAGUCCGCGUUGAUAGCUCGCGAAGCGUUCCUCAUCACUUACUCAUUUCAUUCUUUUCUUUUUUUUAGAUUCUGUAGAUGUUGAUGUUCUACUUAUUUAUUGCCCCCUUCGACACACACACACACACACGAGGGGGGUGGGGUGUUAAUGAACCACCCCACGGUUCAAGCAGUGAAAGUGAACACUGAACUGUCAUGCAGGAAAGUGUGACCUUGUGAAGACAAGACAGUGCUGUGUUGACUGCAGAUGGCAGCUUCACAAACAGUUCCUUUUUAAGUGCACCGAAUGAAUGCAUCGUGAACUUGAAUGUCACGUUUUAACAAGUACAUCCGCGAUCCACGUUGGGUCAUCCUAGCGUGCGUUGUCUGUGGUCGCACGUUUUUUUCUUUUUUUUUUCCUGUGUUUUAAGAGCCCAGUCUUUUUCUCUUUUUUUUCAAUCUCCCAUCCUGUAAAAUUCAUAUAUUUUGUAAAUAUAAUUCCAUGAUGCAGCUGUGUCACUUCUGUUUAUCUUUCUUAGUGUUUUUCUUUUUUUUUUUUGUUCUUCCUCUGUACGUCUCUUUUCUGCUGUUCGAGAAAGUUGCUGCCCCACACUCUCUGGGGAGAGUCCAGUUUUUCCGUGCUGAAAUGUCGUUGUACAUAAAGCGUACGUCUAGAAACCGUAAGGAACGUAGUUCUGCAGUAAUCUUUCUCGUUUCGAUUAGCGUAUCAGUCUUCUUGUCGUCUUGUCUAUGUGAUUGUGAGCGCCAGACGUGGCAUAUGAUUUAGCUCGAUAGCUCUGUUCGAUAUCGAGGCGUCUUAGUUGAUCCCAAGUGGAAAGGGGGAGGGAGAGAACGUAUUGUUGAAACUGCUAGCGAGUAAAAAACAUUUUUUCUUCAGUUGUUGUCCUGGGUUUUCUCUUCAAAAUGGAAGAAGAAAAAAACCAUGAGCCGGAACGUCUUAAACGACCAAAGUCUCAUGAGGGCGAAGAAAUACUCCAGAUGCUGAAAGUGGUCCAUCGUGAGGGAUGGACGCUUUUGGAAUAGAAAAAAAAAAAAAAAGCCAGUCACGUGCCAAAGCAAAAAUAAGGGUCCUUUGCAUGUCGCGUGCUUCGUCGUGUCACGUGAGAAUCGAAAGAACAUCACGUCUCGUGAACAUCCUUCGAGUCGCGUCUCUCGCCUGUGGUUUUUUUCUUCUCCAGGUAUUUUCUAUGGCAGGCCUUGGAAUGCAGCCUGUGUGCGUAGAUAUUCAUACGAGUACGUGUGCGAGACACCUACUGUUGUGCCCAGCUAACACGCGCCAAGAUUUUUAAAAACAAUAUUUUUUUAAAUCUUGUUGCACGUUAGUUAGGACAACUUGUAUGUGCGAGUGUGUAUAUUUAUGCACACGUCUAAUUACAUUCACUUCCCAGUGGCAGGCACCAAUGGCUGUUCUUAAAUAUAUCUGUUUUGAAAGGAUACACAACCAAAUUUUCUUUGAUAUUCUAGUUGUCACAUUGCCAUCAUGCACAUUGUGAACAUUGGCUACUUGUUUCCAUAAAAUGUUUGUUCCACUGGUAAGCUGCGUAGGGGUACGCUGAACAUUGGCUGUUGUGCAAGUAUUAAUCGCCGCAUGUUUUUGCCUCUGUUCUCAAACAAAAUGAAAUUUAUAUGGGACAUAAGCAUGUUGUGUCCUUCAGUGACAAUGGGACGUGGAAGACAUUCUAUUUAUUUGCCCCCUUUGCGAACUGACGCGUUUUAGAGCAACAUGAUGGUUUGUUUUCCGGAUUUGCAUCACACUAGCCCCAUCUUGUGGAGAGAAAUGUCACUUUGUUGUCACUGCGGGGCACAUUUGAAAAGUAUGUAUUCUCACUUGUUUUUCCGACAUCCAAACGGCGUAAGUUUUUCUUUUCUUUUUUUUUUCUUUCUUUUUUAUAUACGCAAAUUUAUUAAGAGUAGGAAAAGCAGAAGGUUACUGGAGCAUCCCUUUAGUGUGAUUUCAUGUCUUUUGAAUAUCAGCUUCCUUAUCUAGCAGUCUCGAAUCUUCUGUAGUUGAGAGAUAGCCAUAACUAUGAUAAGAUGUGUCGUCAUGCCACCUGUAGUAAUCAAUCUGUAUAAUCUUUCACGCAUGCUUUUAGCAAAUCUCGAGGCCCUGUCUCAAUGUGUGUGUUUGUGUCUUCAUAGCACGAGAAGUUUUUCACUUCAAUCUCGUGACAUCCUCUGGCAUUAGCUAGCGGAGCAAAAAAAACUCUUAGGUGAGGACAGAGGGAAAGAAGGUUAACGCUUGCUCUCCCGCCUAGCUUUUAGUAGGUAGAGUGAGCGAACGACAGUACAUGUCUGUCCGUGCGUGCGUGUACUAUCCACGCUUGUCCAGAAAAAAAAAAGGAAACGCUAUAGUAAUAAAUAAGCAUUGUGCAAAAACACAGAGAAAGGGAAACUGCGGUACGUCUGGACAUUUCCAAUGUGGAGUGGCAUCCAAUCGAUGGACAAGCACUGAGUGGCACUUUUCAUAGCAGAUGAGAUUCAACGAAAAUGUUACGGACAUAAAUCAGCGAGGAUGUUUCAUUCAAGCAGGGUCUUUCUAACCUUAAUGGCUGUCAUACUGUCUUAUCUAACCGAUAGUCUCUCAGACCCGAGGGACACACUAUUAAGGAAAAACAUGCGCGUAAGGAUAAGCCACACUGUCACAUGAGAUGGUGCUGCCCUCCUUGGAAAUGGCCGUCUGUUUCCCUCCCCCCUUGUUUUAGCAGAAGGAUACAUUCCGAGCUGUCAAAGGAUCCUUGUUAACUGUCGCCACACGUUUCAUUGAUGUUUUGUUUGUCGGUGCUCGUGGGCGCCGACUGCAAAAUGUGGUGGUCGCUGCUCGCAAGUGUCUGCGUCAGCCUUGCGGAUGACCACGGUUGUGUUUGUAAGAUAACGUUGCAGACGAUGCAAGAUGCUGUGAAGUUGAAACAAAAAUCACGAAGAAACAGACGAGGUUUUUUAAAGAAAGAACAUUCCAUGUAUGUCAUUGUUUGUACGUUUCUGUUAAUUUCCUUUCAUCUUGGCUGUGACUCGUGGCGCCACCUGUGGUGACACUUUUGGACUGCACAGAGUGUGCUGCUUAUACGGUUGACCAAGGCUUAAAGCAAUACUUGAUUCUACUGUGUGUCUCCUUUCGAGGCACGAUGCAGUGUAGUGCCCACAGGUGGAGCCACAUGUCAUCCAGUGCUGACAAUGUUGUACUCUCCUUUGCAUUUAGAACCAAAACCAUCGCACUGAACCACGGGCUCAGGGCAUGCACGGAUUCCGUCCGUACUCGUGCAGGCAGUUGGAAGCACGUAUACAUAUAUACAUAUAUUGUACAUAUAUAUAUAUAUGUAUGUACAUAAGCAAGCUUUGGGUGGCUCUUGAACAUCAGUGCCAGACGACUGCGAUUUUUUUUUUUUUCUUCUCUUUUUGGACGAACGUGUGCCUUUCUAAAGGCAGUCUUUCCUGGUAUUUUACGCUACAUGUUACGCAUGGGUGUAAUAUAUAUGAAGGACGUUCUCUUAGAAAAGGAUACGUUCUCUAAAAUGUCGUGUUUCCAAAUAAUCUCUGAAAGCACAUUUUGUAUUAUGAGCGUCAAACUUAUUGCAUAACUUCUUCGCACCAGCAGAAGUAAAUGUUCCCAGACAGCUUUGAAGCGGCGAAACACUUCAAAUCAUUAAAUACAGAUUAGGUUAGGAUGCAAAAUUGCUUCUGCGAGUCGUGCAGCUACAAAUUUACGUGUUGUCAGAAAUGAAAAUCGUCCAAUGUUGGGCGGCAUUUCUAAACUAUUUGUAAAGCAACAAAAAUAGCGGCGUUUUUGUUGGUGUUGCGCUAAGAAAGGGGGGUGAGCUCCUUUUUCUAUCAACUAAGCAGGUGUACGUGCCGCAUACUUUCUGGUAUUGUCCGAGAGGCCCGUAUUGUCAUUACAUGGAAAUCAAUAGGCAAUAGUGAAAAAGAUAGUCAGUGCUUCAGCCGUCUGUUUUGCAUACCGGGCACGGUGGCCAGUACAGUUUUGCUUUUUGAAACAACACUUCACGCGGAACGAAGAAUCUCCAAAAAAAAAAAACCUUCACAGCAUUUUUCAUGACCUGCAUUUUUCUCAAACUGUGAUCUUGUUUUGUAAUUUUUAGUUUGUUUACGACUUUUUUUUUUACUGUAUCUUACAUAAAAUGCUAGUCAACCUGUUCACCUACUUUUUCCUACAAUUUAAAUAAAAGAGUUAAAAUUUUGACUGUCCAGUUGACACACAAACGAGAAAGAAGUAUUUGCCAUUUGAAUCAACAUGUCUGGAAAUAGUGUUGUGAUAUGUAAACUCAGUAUCUAAAUAAAGGUCACACAUGCAGUGUUGCAUA